AUGGACGCUUGCGACGAAAAUGAGGUGCCCUCACGCAAAGAGUCACCCCCGGGACCGUCUGGGAAUGGACUUCCUCGAAUUCUCAUCGCCUCCCACUCCGAGGAGGAUCACGACCCUGUCGACAUCGGCAGCCGCUCAUCCCCAUGCCGUUGUACCCUACCUCAGAAGCCGAGCGUGAGGGGCCCGGGGAAGGGAGUGGACCGCCAACUGGGUGAGACCGAGGGAGCGGUGGCCGCGACGACGCAGCAAAGAAAGAAUUUUCACGCCCGCAAGAAUACACUGGCUCGGGAGCCCUUGCGCGAGCUCGACGUGGCCGAUUCUGAGCUCGCAAAGCUGACGGCCGGUACCGGCGGGGUCCGGAUCGUGUGGUCCACCACCCUCAGGUCCACCGUCGGUCGUGCCAAGUUGAGAAGAGCACCGAGUAGAAUCUCCAGAGUACCUAUCAAAAGAGAAGAGGCGGAAAGAGCCGGCGUCGAGAUAGCGUAUUUUCUCACCAUCGAGCUGGCCGAGAGAAUUGUCGAUAGUGAGGACCGCCUCGUUAGCACGCUGGCGCACGAGUUCUGCCACCUGGCGAAUUUCCUGAUCAGCAAC